CUUUUUUUUUUUUUAAGCAGCUGCUCCCAACAAGUGGUCCAUCACCAUGGUCUGGAUGCUUCAGCACAGCCUCUUCCUUAUCCUGACCCUGCAUAUCAUAUAUUCUGCUCUGGUUCCUGCGAGGGCCGAGGAGGAGACCAGAGAAUGCAGAGAGCAGGAGUACAAGGACCAGUUUGGGAACUGUAAACCCUGCAAGCAGUGCGAUGCAGGGCAGGAGCUAUCAAAGGAAUGUGGCUUUGGUUAUGGAGAGGAUGCCCGGUGCGUGCCCUGCCGGAGUAGUCGCUUCAAAGAGGACCGGAGCCUUCAGAAGUGCAAGCCCUGUCUGGACUGCGCGCUCAUCAAUCGUUUCCAGAAGGGUAACUGCUCCACCACCAGCAACGCCGUGUGUGGCGACUGUCUGCCCGGGUAUUAUAGGAAGAAAAAAUUGAGUGGUUUCCAGGACAUGGAGUGUAUACCCUGUGGGGACCCGCCGCCUCCCUACGAACCUCACUGCAGCGGGCGUGUGAACCUGGUGCCACUGCCCUCGGCCGGGACCAGUCCCCGGGACAUGGCCCUGGCCGCCGUCAUCUGCAGCGCUCUGGCCACCGUGCUGCUGGCCCUGCUGGUCCUCUGUGUCAUCUACUGCAAGAGACAACUGCUGGAGAAGAAGCCCAGCGCGUCUCUGAGGUCCCAGGACGGUCCCUACAGUGGAGCAGAGCUGUCUUGCCUGGACCGGUGCCGCCUCCAUGACUUCCCCCAGAGACCGUGCUGCCAGUGUCACCUGGGACCCGGACACACCUGUGGUCCAGUCCACCUGAUCCCAUCCCUGUGCUGCGAUGAGAGCUGCAGUCUGGGCCGCAGCCGUGACAACAGCCCCUUCCAGUCCCAGAUGAGCUUCAAUGACGGAAACGCAAACCCUGACGAGGGAAGCGCCCCGAUCCAUCUGGGAGAACAUCCAGAGUCCAUCUCCAGAGAGACCGGCGGGAUGUGGCAGAACUCUGACUGCUCCGACAGUUUUGGACUUCCCCGCUGCAGCCCAGAGCCUGCAGAGCGACUGGAGGUGGAAGGGGAGGAAGAAGAGGGAGAGGCGGAAGAGGAAGAGCCCAGAUCAAGGGAGAAUGUCCUGGAGAAUUCAUCUGACCGGACCAGAGGAAGCUACGGUGAAGCUCUGACAGAUGUGCUUCUUCCCAAGCAGCACCCAUCAUCUUAAGAAGGAUGACAUGGAUUUCUUUGGCUUGCGUUCCACCCUUGAACCACCCCGGACUCUACAAUUGCAACGGUCAGAUCCUGUUUCAGAUUACCGCUCGCCCCCACACAGACUGCACCAGCCGUUCUCAAAUGUGGCCACACCGCCUCUUUCAAAUGCCUGCUGCUGACCUCGGAGCCCCUCAUCGUCAAAGGAACAGAAUAUGUACAUAAAGGCAGAAAAAGGCAUCGCUGGGGAAGAGUAAAGCACGAGGGGAAAGGUGUACAGAGAUACAAAACAGAAUGUGAGCUCGCUGGUCCAGAAGGUGAAAUCGAAUGAAGUUCAAAUGAUGACAAGGAGGAGUAUUUGACUGAUUAUUAUGAAUCAAAGUGAAUAAGAGCAGGCGUCUGCUCUGCGUCAAGAAUGUCUUGCAUCUUCACAUGUAGGAGAAGAGAAACUGUACCACAGAUCUAGCGGUUGGUGUUUUAUGAAGCUUUUUGUUUGUAAAAACGAUAAAAGUUGUAAAUUCAAGGCGUGAAGAAAAGUGUCAAAAAGUGAUAUGUUGCACACUGAAGACAAUCUAGAUAAUAUGGAACAAGUUAAGACAAUGAGGAAUGUUUAUGUGAUAAAUUUGUUGUAGAUACUGUAAAAUAGUAAAUAGGUCACUAUUUUUGUAACAUAGGCAUGACUGACCAUGUCCCUUCCAUUGUAGUAUUACUGGUUGUGAAUGGUCACUUCCACAUUUUAUCUUUUUACGUAUUUGUAAAUAAAACACUUAAAGUACCAA